UUCAUCCAUGGGAUGUGGGCAUCACUGGCUGGGCCAGUAUUUGUUGCCCAUCCUUAAUUGUUAAGAGUCCACCAUAUUGCUGUGGAUCUGGAGUCACAUGUAGGUCAGACCAGGUAAGGAUGGCAGAUUUCAUUCCCUAAAGGACAUUAGUGAACCAGAUGGGUUUUUCCUGACAAUUGACAAUAGUUUCAUGGUUAUCAUUAGACUCUUAAUUCCCGAUUAUUAAUGAAUUCAAAUCCCACCAUCUGCCAUGGUGGGAUUCGAACCCAGGUCCCCUGAACAUUACCUGGGUCUCUGGAUUAAUAGUUUAGCAAUAAUACCACUCGGCCAUCACCUCCCACUAGCAUGGUAUAUGCUUUGAUCUGAAGUCAUAAGAUUUGAUGGGAGAUCUAUAUUAAUAUUAAAAAUGCCAACCAAAUCCACAUGAAUGAGUUUGUACUCUCUCCUAGUAGAAUACAGUUUAGGACAGAGAUGGCAAUAGAAUCCAGAUUAUGGUUGGUAGAUAUGAUUGAGUAUGAUUAUUGAUCUGGCAUUAGCCCUUGAAAUUCAUGAAGAGAAUUUGCAGGGUGACAAAGGUUGAAUUAUCUGAGCAUUGUCCUGAUCCAAUACCUGUUUAUUGGUCCAUUUAAUGGUUUGUUUAUUAUUUCAUCGUGCAGUGAUUUUUUUUUUUUACAGCUGAAUAAUCAGAUGGAGAUUUUCAUUUCAACAGGAUAUCAAACGUUGAACAGAAAUAACGAUAUUGAAGUCACAUGGCCUGUGGGAGGACAGACAGCUAUAUUGGCCUGCAUUAGUGAGCCAAUUUCAAUCAGUCAGCACAUUUUGCUAAUGUUUUGUGAUACUAGACCAUAAGUUGCUUAGCUUUGUUGAAUUGUAUAUCAUAACUUCCUAUAUUAGGGUCUGAACUCUCAAACUAUGUGCAUUGCUCGUACAAAAUCAUAUAUCAUCUACAUGAGCAUAAGCAAUUCUUGGUACACCAUUUUACUUCAUGUUUUGCAUGAAGGUGGGACAGUAGCAACUCUGUGUUUAAAAAAAAAGCACAAUACUGCCUGUUGGAUUUAUACCACAAUUCACAACACUAUUUUUUUAAGUCUAUAAUCUCAAAAUUUAAUGUUAAGUUGGUUCUCUGAUCCAUUUGAUGAGAAAGUCAUUUUAAAAAUUGUGCAGUGUGUUAUAAUUUCUGUACACAAGCAUGUUAUUGUUUGCAGGUAUUAUCCAACCCUGGAAUGGGUUCCAUGACCGAUACCUUAUUGAAGAUUACCUGGAUCUGUUUGAUCUGGCCGCUUAUCAGAUUCAGAGUCAGAUAGCCAAUGCUUCUGCUGAACAACCAAUUAAAAGCAACAUGGUCAUUGGUGAAGCAAGUGCUUCAACAAUGUGGGAUAAUAAUGCUUGGCAGAAUUUUUAUCAUCGCACUGCUGAUGGUGAACCACCAUAUUUAAUUCAGGACUUCCUUCAUGCAGUUCUGCCAUCUGCUAAACUCAUUGUUAUGCUGAGGGACCCUGUUGAGAGGCUGUAUUCUGAUUACUUGUACUUCAUAAGCGCUAACAAAUCUGUCGAGGACUUUCAUGAAAAAGUAAAAGAUUCACUGCAAAUAUUCGAUGGAUGUUUGAUGCACUCUUCCCUUAGAUCCUGUGUGUACAACUGCACCGUGAACUCUGCCAUGCCUGUGAGAUUGCAAAUUGGGUUAUAUGCAGUCUUUCUGUGGGACUGGUUUACAGUUUACAAUCCAAACCAAUUCCUCAUUCUCCGGCUGGAAGAACACGCUGCUGAUUUGAGAAAGAGCAUGCACCGAGUCUUCAAUUUCUUGAACUUGGGAAGUUUGACUGAUCAACAGGAGGCAGCCAUCAUUAACAAUCCUGCAUCAAAUACCAGGCGUCCCAAAGACAAAAGCCUUGGACCUAUGUUGUCAAAAACCAGGGAGCUUCUCAAGCAUUUCUAUGGGCCAUUCAAUGAAAAGCUGGCUUUGUUACUUAAUGAUGAUUCUUUCUUAUGGGAACAAUAGAGACCAAAUUCAUAAAAUUGUAAAAUAUCAAAUGUUUUAUAUGCUUUCUUCACUUUGUGGAAUGUUCAACAAAAUGUUGAUGUUCAAGUUCAAAAGUUAUUUUUUUAAGUUUAUUUUUAAACUUUUAACUGAAGACUUGUCCAAAAUUCAGUAGAAGGCGUGUCUGAACUUUAACCAUAAUUAUAAAGGUGAACAUUAUCUGUAUGCCCUCAUGUAACUUUCUGUGGAAUAUGUAGAUGUAUAAUACUUGACACUGUGACUGUCAUACAAAAGUCCUGAGUUUGUGUAAACAUUUUUUUAAAAGAAAGUAAUUCCUCAUGUGGUUUUAAAUAUUUUGUAGGAUUUUCAAUUAUGCAUAUGUACUUGGUAACAAUGAAAUCUUUACAGAAUAUGUUUAAAUAUUGCUAUCAAACAUACAUAAGAGAUUUCAAUAACAGUGCCUACUUUAGUCUUCCGGGAAUUCAUAUACCAUAAUUAUGGUUUAGUAAUGGAUGCAAGAGCUACUAUUUUUAACUUAUUUUUAUUGCUUCCCUCUCUGUUGGUUUAUGUUGUGGAGUGAAAGAGGAAUGUCUCUAACAAUUGUGCUGAUUGAGUUCUACAAAUUCCAUUAUCUUUGUUUCCCAUCAGUUAAGAACAGUUACCAGCAUUUGUUCUUUGUUCUCAAACAAACAGUUUGCUAUAGUUUACUUGCUUCUAGGCAAAACUAUGACUGGUGAAAUGUUAAUUCUUUCUUCCACAAAUAGAAUUGGACAAAACUGUAUUUUCGAGGUCCGUGUGCACAGCAAACCUAUUUUUUUGUGUAACACUCAGUCACUGUUUAUAAACAGAAGUUUGCACUGCCUAUUUGCGAUGAAUCUAUGCUUGAUUUUACUGGGAAUUGCUUUUUAAUCCACGGUCAUAUCAUUUGCAUUUGUCAUCAACUAUGUUAGGAAAGUUUAUGUAGCAGUGCCCUCUAUUGUCAAGUGGUUUAUAAGUUGAACAUUCAGUUUAAAUGAACAAAUGCAGGUUCAAAGAAUCUCAAAUGCAUGUUUGUGGUAGUGGAUAUUACAUUUAUCUGAAAUGUUAAAAUUUCAGUACAACAAAGGUUUUCAAAGUUUAUCUUGUAAACUGCAUCAGGAAGAAUAUGGUUUAACUGGUUGAAACUCCCUGGGCACACUUAGCAAUAAAGACCAUUAAUUUGCCGAAUGCU